GUAGUAGUAGUGGCAGUAAGAUUAAUAAUGCUUUUCCAUUUUAAGCACUCAGUUCAAUUUCUUAAUUAUUUCUACUACUUACCAUUUUAAGUAAUUCAGCAUCCAUCCACAAUACUGUUACUUUUCUGGCUAAUGACACAGAUUGAUAACCAACACUAUCAUCAUUCAUCACAUACUACUUAAUCACUAAGCUUUUCAAAUGCUCUCUAUCUCUUCUUGCUCUGAACCUGAAACCAAAUCUCAAGUUUCAGCUUAAUUUUCAAGAUGGAUCAUGAUCAACAAGACAAGCCAUCUUUCUUUGCUAUCAUUAAAGAAGGCUUCAACACCAACUCCAUGAAAGUCCCAAAGAAGAUUGUUAUGAAUUUGGGUGAAGAGUUGUGGAACAAUGCUUUGAUUUUUCUGAUAGGCUCUUCUGGUGAGAAAUGGCAAAUGAGUAUUUUGAAGAAAGAAAAUGACAUAUAUCUGCAAAAUAUUGGUUGGCAAAAAUUUCUGAAAGACAACUCGGUGUUAAAUGAAGAGCUCUUGCUUUUCACAUAUAAGGAAGAGAACAGGUUCCGGGUUCAAAUUUUUUGUAAGAAUGGAUUAGAGAGACCAUGCGUCCAGAAAGAACCAGAAGUUGCAGCUCCAAUUGUACCCGAGACAACGGGGAGUAGCCAACAAAAAACCCCUGCUGGUGAUAGUUUAUGCGUCAAGGAAGAAAAAGAAGAAGCUGUAGCACCAAUGGUGGUGAAGAGAAAGAGGGGUAGACCAAGAAAAAAUGCUCCUCCUCCUCCUGAGAGAUGCUUCAAGGAAAAGGGAGCAGAAGCAGAAGCUGCAGCAACAAUGGCGGCCAAAGGAAUGGAGGAUAGACCAAGAACAAAUGAUUUUCCUGAGAGAGUAUGUGUCAAGAAAAAAGAAGCAGAAGCUGCGGCAACAACAGUGGCCAAAGGAAUGAAAGAUAGCCCAAGAAAAAAUGCCUCUCCUGAGAGAGUAUGUGUAUGUGUCGCGAAAAAAGAAGCAGAAGCUGCAAGAGCGACAAUGGUGGCCAAAGGAAUGAUGAAUAGGCCAAAAUAUGUUUCUCCUGAGAGAGUAUUCGUCAUGAAAAAAGAAGCAGAAUCUGCAACAUCAACAAUGGCGGCCAAGGGAAUGAAAGAUAGACCAAAAUAUGUUUCUCCUGAGAGAGUAUUCGUCAUGAAAAAAGAAGCAGAAUCUGCAACAUCAACAAUGGCGGCCAAGGGAAUGAAAGAUAGACCAAAAUAUGUUUCUCCUGAGAGAGUAUUCGUCAUGAAAAAAGAAGCAGAAUCUACAACAUCAACAAUGGCGGCCAAGGGAAUGAAAGAUAGACCAAAAUAUGUUUCUCCUGAGAGAGUAUUCGUCAUGAAAAAAGAAGCAGAAUCUGCAACAUCAACAAUGGCGGCCAGAGGAAUGAAGGAUAUACCAAAAUAUGUUUCUCCUGUGAGAGUAUUCGUCCCGGAAAAAGAAGCAGAAGCUGCAACAGAAACAAUGGCGGCCAAAGGAACGAAGGAUAGACCAAAAUAUGUUUCUCCUGAGAGAGUAUUCGUCGUGAAAAAAGAAGCAGAAGCUGCAACAUCAACAAUGGGAGCCAAGGGAAUGAAGGAUAGACCAAAAUAUGUUACUCCUGAGAGAGUAUUUGUCAUAAAAAAAGAAGCAGAAGCUGCAGCAACAAUGGUGGCCAGAGGAAUAAAGGAUAGACCAAGAAACAAUGCUUCCCCUCAAAGUGUGUGCCUCAAGAAAACAGAAGCAGUAGCUGCAGAAACAAUGGUGGUUAAAGGAAUGAAGGGUAGGCCAAGAAGAAAUUCUGCUCCUGCUGUUAUCAUAAUAGACUGAUAAGAAAACAAAUAUCUGUUAUAUAUAUUCUCAGAUUGAAAUAGAUACUGAGAUAAUUAAGGCAUGUUUAACAACAAUCCAAAUAUUGGAGUUAAUUAAUUAUUAGGAUUUAUUAUGUAGUUGUUAUUGUUAUGAAUGACACUGCAUUAUUAGACAUUAAGUGGAUGGUACUAGGAUUUCUAAUUAUAAGUUCUGGAUUUUAUUGGUGAAAUUCAAA